AUGCAUCUCUCUGUAUCUGCCUUCGCCGUGCUCUCCUUAUCUUGCCUUAUAACUGCGCAAACGUGCGAUACAUCAAACAACACCCUCUACCUUACGGCGCCUGCGUUAGUCACCACGCCUCAAAACACCUCCACCAUCCAGUGUUGGCGUCUGAGGAAUCCUUUCUUGAUAUCUACAACAGCAGGCAUCGCAGGAAGCCGUGCAUUAAACCUAGGGAAUGUGACGGAUCUAAGCUACGUUGUCCAGCCACCACGCUUUGAAGGCGGAUUGCAUAACGCUCCUGUGCCACAGUGA